AUGUCGACUAUGGAAAAACGACUAAACUACUUGAUCGUUGCACUCGGAGCCACCUUGUUCUGCACAAUUUUAUGUAAGAAUUACAGUUUUUGGGUAUUGCUCCGCUCGUAAAGCCGCCGAAGCGAUUUUUGGCUUUUGCACAAAUUUAACGAUACCCGCAGAAAAUAGUUGCCAGACAAUAAAAAUUGUGUUGGGCCAUUUCUGGUCCGUAUCUGAGUUAAGAUAUGGCGAGCGGCUGCCAUACCUUUGCCGAACGCUUGACAAGCACAAAAAUCAGUAAAUUAUCCGCAUUUCAGCCAUCAGAAACCACAAAAAAGCGUUUAAGAUGUGUGUGAUGACCAAAAAAGCGAUUAAAAGUCUUUGCCGAAUACACUGCAUUCCGCGUCGGCGUAGAAAAAGAUCUUGCUAGGCAAAAAACCGUCCAUAACCUUCUUUCUACUGCAAAAAAAAUUUUUUGGAUAUCGUGGCUGAGCGCCGAGAAAUCAACGAUUGAUUUCCGGGGAAUUUCUUGAAACACCCUGUAUAUUUUCACAUUCAGAUGUUGAGUACGCCUAUAAACCCGGAACAUUCCACAGAAAAGUUGCUAAGCAACGAAUAUUCAUCGCGAAGUUCAAAAAUCGACAGUUUAACUACUCAAUUGAAGAGCAGAAGCCAGGACUCUGCGAUGGAAUCGACAUACUUAUACUGAUUCUUAGUGCCCCAAACAAGUUUGAUCAACGGAACGCGAUCAGGGAUACUUGGCUAUAUGAGCAUGUGAGAUGUUUUUCAGAUAUACGUAGCUUUUUUGGGAGGCAGUAGGAGGUUGUGUGGACUUUAUACUUGUCGCGACAAAUGUGUCGGGACUUUAUGGCAUUAGUAAUACAGGGCCGGGCCUCUUGAAACGAGCAAGUUUUUUCCUUGGAUGUCUCCGCGGAGACUCCGCCGAUUUUUUUAAAAUUUAGGUUUUUCUGGAGCUGAAACCCGGCAUUUUCAGCCGAUUAGAUUUCAACAAAAAAUAUGUUGAAUUGACCUUUCAAUGCCUUCCCAAGGUCUUCAAGAAUUGUUUUUGAGAUGCAAUCGCUAAAACUUCGAAAAUUUUAUUCUAAACAUGGAACUUGGUCAGUCUCCGCGAAGAAAUCCAAAGAAAAAACUUACCCGUUUUGAGUGGCCCACUCUGUAUACCAGUCUGGCCGAAACCCUUUUUUUGACGCGACAGAAGGCUUAUUAUUUUGCCGACAGACUGACAGUAACAUUUAUUGACCAAUUUUAGGACACCCCUUCAAGUUUUCUUGUCCGUUUUCUAAUUGGUCAGCCAGAUAACCGGUCUGUUGAACUUCGAAUUCAGAAAGAACAAAGGCAGCACAAAGAUAUUGUUCGUUACAACUUCACCGAGACGUAGGUUGUGGUACUAUUUAUCUUCAAACUUUGAACCGUUGAAAGUGACGACUUAUCAGUCUGCCGGGAAAAUAAUUUGCAGAAUACGCACCAAAAAUGUCAUUGUCGCCGAGAAAAUGAAUUGUGUCGCGACAAAAUCAAGUUGCUUUUCACCCCAGCAACACGGUCGGCGCAGCGAUAUUGUGCUCAUUAUUUUCUCGACAGAGCAGUAUAUCAUUUUGAAUUGUUUGGAAAUGGUGAUACACCAGCCAUUUCAGAUACGACCUCCUUCCAGUCAAAGUGCACGCCGCCUUCAGCUUCUUUAAGACCUAUUGCCCUCAGGCCAAGUACUUGCUAAAAACCGAUGAUGACACUGUGGUAGAUCUAGACCGUCUAUUCCACCACAGCAAAAGCAUGUACGAUAAAUAUUACGGCCUGAACAAAGAGCGCUUCUUCUGCAACGUUCACUACAAGAAGAGGCCGUUCAGGAACAAGGGUAGUCGAUAGUAAGUGGGUAAUAUUUUGCAUAUUUUGCAAACAGACCAAAUGUUUCAUCUUUUUCCCGCCAGACUGAUGUCGCAGGCGCACAGUGCGCUUUGCUUUUUUCGCACCGUGCGGAUCUUCCCACACAAUUUUGCACUGUGCAUUUGGCAUUUUGCACAGUGCAAACGGCUUUUUUGAGAUUUGCAUUGUGCGAAAAAAUGCAGAAUGCACUGUGCGUCGGCGACAAACAACAAAAAUGCACAGUGCAAAAUGGUUGGGAAAAGCGCUCGGUGCGAAAAAAGGCAGAAUGCACUGUGCGUCGGCGACAAACAACAAAACUGCACAGUGCAAAAUGGUUGGGAAAAGCGGUCGGUGCGAAAAACGGAAAAAUGAACUGUGCGUCGGCGACAAACCAAAAAAGCACAGUGCAAAAAGGUUGGAAAGGGCACGCACGGUGCGAAAAAAAGGCAGAAUGCACUGUGCGUCGGCGCGGAAAAUGCAAAGUGUAAAAUGGUCGGAAAAGGCACGCACGGUGCGAAAAAAGGUUAAAUGCACUGUGCGACAAAAAAUUGAAGUUUUGUGCAACAUUUUUUUGGAAAGACGUGCAUGAAAAAAGUCAUAAUUCACUGCCUUUUUUCUAUAAAUCCCCAUGCUAUCCCAAUUGCAGCUACGUCUCAAAAGAAGUCUAUCCCGAACCCAUAUAUCCCGAUUUUUGCCAAGGAUGCUCGUAUAUGGUCACAAGAGAAGCGGUAGGGCCGGUUCUUUCGGCCGUCUCGAGUGUAAAUUACAUCAAAUUGGAGGACGUACUGUAUAGUGGAAUUGUGCGUUCGAAGAAGAACGUUUCACUGGUGCAUUCGCGAACCUUUGGCUACAGUUCGAUAAAGGUGAGAAUUCGAGGAAAACCUGGAAAACUGGGAGAGAUUUCAGGCCACAAAUAAGCUUCAAUGCGGCAUGAAUGGUGUUCCUCUGCCAACGGGGCUGUUUGGAAUCCCCGCGAAGAGCAUGCAAUCAGUCUACAAAGAGUUGAAGAACAUUUCCUGUAGAGCAGACGGUGGUACAACAAAAAAAGGAUAA